UGACUUCCGACUAUGGACUAAACUAAAGGGAUGUAAACAUUCGUAGUCCUAUUGUAUUUAGAUAGAUCUAUCUAGAUAUCUAGGUCUAGAUCUAAGACUCUUAAGUCUAUAGUCAAGAAAAAAUUAGAUUGGACUGAUGUUAGAUAUAUUAUUAUAAUUAUAUUAUAUGAUGUUUUCACACGAUAGCUUUAAUUUAAGUUUAACUUUAAGUUACGGUUUGAGUCUACAGGACAGUACAGUCAGUAACACCGAGUAACAGUUCAGUUGAGUUAGACGACUUAGACUUAAUUACUAGAUAUAUUAUUAUAGUACUGGCUAGUACUAACUAGUCUCUCAAGACUCAAAGUACAAGACUUCAAUCAAGUCACUUCAAGUUCAAUUACAUAUUGACAAUAAAUGUACAAUUGAUUUUAAAACAAUAAGCCAGAAUUUUUGAACCAAAACAAUGAGUGAUAUUUCAAGAUCUCAUGAAUAUUUAAGCUUCAGAAGCACCAUUCCACAGAGGAAGAUUAUAGUAGAUGAUGACAAUAGCAAAGAGUGGACUUUAUAUGAAGCAGGGCCUAAAACAGUCAAGAGUCCCCUUAUUUGCUUCCCUCCAGCAAGUGGUACUGCAGAUGUUUAUUUCAGACAAGUGUUAGGACUUUCAGCUUUAGGAUAUAGAGUUAUAGCUGUGGAGUAUCCUAUAUACUGGACAAUGAAGGAGUUUGUAGAAGGCUUCAGGAAGCUACUUGAUCAUCUAGUAUUGGAUCGGGUUCAUAUUUUUGGUGCAUCACUUGGGGGAUUUUUAGCUCAAAAGUUUGCUGAACAUAGCUGCCGGUCACAGAGAGUAGCAUCUUUGAUUUUAUGCAAUACCUUUUAUGAUACCACUAUAUUUCAGCAAACAAAUUCAGCACCUACCUUCUGGAUGAUGCCUGCAGUUUAUCUGAAGAAAAUGGUGAUGGGAAGUUUUGAAAGAAGAGCAACAGAACCAGAAAUUGUGGACUCCAUAGAUUUUAUGGUUGAAAAAUUAGAUGGUAUGUCUCAACAAGCACUUGCUUCCAGACUGACAUUGAACUGCAUGAAUUGCUAUGUUGAACCACAAAAACUGAGAGAUGUAGAUAUUCUUUUGAUGGAUGUAUUUGAUGAAUGUGCUCUGUCAUCGGGUGUGAGGGAAGAAAUGUGUAAAUGUUAUCCAGAAGCUAAAAGAGCACAUUUAAAAACAGGGGGAAAUUUUCCAUACCUAAGUAAAAGUACAGAGGUUAAUGUCUUUCUUCAGAUUCAUCUACGCAAAUAUGAUAUGGGCCCUUAUAGAGCUCGUGAACUAACAGAAAAUGAAUUACAAUUAUUAUCUGAGGCAGAUGGUACAUUGAAUAAAUCUUCGUAAUGUGAUACAUUUUGUAUAUAAAUAAAUAAUUUUUUUUUUUUUACUAUAAAAAAAGCUGAAGUCGAGAUUUUCAUGAAAAGAUUUUCCUAUUUUAAAAUAAAAUAGACCAGGUUAAAUGUAUAACAACCGCAUGAUGUACUGUCUCUUCUUUAAGUUAUUUGUAAUUUAAGAAAUGCUAAAUUUUUCAAAUAAUUUUUUUUUGAAAUUAUCUACUAAUGUCUAAAAAACUGAGUUGCAAAGCAUGAAGUCAAUUUGACCAUUAAUAAUUUCUAAAUGCCAAGUGUGGCUAUUAAGCUUUUCUUUUCCUUGUCUAAACUAUCAACAUUUGUAACUCCCCUAUAUAUAUAUUUCCACCAUUUCCUUUAAGUAUAGAUCAGAUAUUUUAACCAUUAAUAAUUUCAAUGCUAAAAAGUAAAGUAUAUAUAGUUAUAUUAGUGUCUAAGAGCAAGAGUAAUACUCUGAUGGUAUUCCCCACUUGUUAGGCUACCUGUUCACUAGCUUUAUAAAUUAGUUUACAGUUUACACCAAAUAUAAUAAAUAAUAGAAAAUUAUUAUUAAUUUUUGUUUGUUUGUGUUGCUGCUUACCUAAUUUAGAAGGCCAGUAGUAAGCUUAGACAAAUCUAGGACCUGUGUAGUCUUCAAAAAUCAACUUCAAUAGAACUAAUGCUAUAAGUAGAACUAGUCAAAUCAUUUAAAUAACUUUAACUUAUUAUCUAUUACAGCUGCUAACUAUUCAUGGAAGCAUAUGCAUUAAAAAUAUGUUUCUGUUUGAAAUUUUUUUUAUUACAGUGAGUAACAUUUAAGUUUCAUUCAAUUUCUUUGGUUCAGUUCAAUGGAUUUUCUUAAAAGACUGUCUUCUUAGCUGAAUUAUUUGAUCUUUCUUGUUUUAUUAAGGUGAUUAUGAUUUUGCAACUUUAUUACUGUAUUAUCUUUUUUGAAAUUACAAAUUUAAUUUGCAUUUGAAUAAACAUUUUAAGUUUGUUGAAUGACUUUUUUUUUUCAUUUUUGUUUAUAGAGCCAUAAGGUAAUUAUGCUUUUACAGCUUUUUAUGUUUUACUUAUACUGCACUAUAAAUCAUUACAGUACCUUCUAUGUUUCAGAGCAACUUUAUUUCUGAUAAUACUCAUAGUUUGAGCAUAUUUCAUUGAACAUUCCUGUUGUAAAGUAUCACCACUUCACCUGUGUAUGAAGUAACUUGUUUUUUUUUUUACUUGUAUUCAAUUUUAAAAUGAUUGUUAAUAGAUAUCUAAAAAUUUAUUUCUCUAAGAUGAGCUUUAAAAUUGAAGUACCUGAAUAGACAAUAAAUUAGUUUUGCUGGUAGCUGACAUUUGAUAAUCAUGUCAAUUAAAUAUUUCUUUGCUUGUAAUCUAAUCAAGAACCUAGUUCUUGAGGGAUAAAUAGAUUCACCUUUUUGUUUUUUUCAAGUAAAAUUUUACUGUUACAUUAGAACAAUUUUUCAUGGAACUAAUAUAAUUCCUCAUUUUAUUUUAACAAAGAUAUAUAUGAUGUUUACUUCAUGUUGGUAGCACAUUACCUUGUCAGCUUACUUCAUUUGACAUCCUAUGCUCCAAUGUUUCUUGUGAUGUUAUUACAUACAUGCUAUACUAUGUUGUGGUUCAGAUUGUGACCACUUCUCCAUUAUUCUUUCACAUCUUUUACACUUAAUUCUAUUUAAAGUGUAAAAGGUUUUAGCUUUAAAUAAAUAUAUGGUCAUUGUUUUUUCCCACCAUUACCUGGUAUUGUUACCCAAUGGAAAAUAAAAUCCAUUCAUCUUGUUGACAUUGUUUUUGCUAAUAUUGUUAUAAAACAGAUUUUAUGUUCCAGCAUUUAUCAUAUACAGUCGUUCCUUCAAAAAAAAAAGAAUGUUAUUUUUUAACUUUGUUUAAUAUACGUCUAGAAGUCCUCAAGAAUGAAAUGUUUUUGUGAGGGAAAGCUCUGUUUGAGUCAAAUUAAUAAGAGACUAGCAUUCUAAAAUCUAAUGUGCAAACAAAAAUACUUUUUUUUUUAUAUAUUCAUUGCCAUAUGGUUACUAUUUUGUUUAUUUCUGGUUUAUUAAAAAUAAAAAAAUGAAUUAAAAAUUACAUUAAGCCAUUCAUAGACAAUUAAAAUUUUACUGACUUUUUAAAAGAACUUUGAUUUGAUGUAAAUUUUAUGCCAAUGAUUUUUUAAAAUGAUAUUAAACACUUAGCUGUCAUUGACUGCUGUUGAUUUUAUUCUGUCUGUCACAUCUAGAUAUUAAAUAAAAGCCUUAUUUAAAGUCUGAUUUCACCAUCUUCUUUAGAAUGCUUGAAAUAGGUGAGGAUACAUUCAACCUCUUUUAUUUUAUACUAUAUGCUUAUUGUAAGUGCAUAUAUUAUUUUAUUAUAAAACAAAAUUUCGUUUGAAGUUUUGGUUUGCAAAUUAUUUUCUCCAAAACUAAAUUCAGUAUUAUAAAUUCAAAGUCACUGUCAAUUUCACUUUCUCAAAAUAGGUGUAAAGACUAUUUAGGAUUCUCCAUAAGUAUGUCAAUUAAAUCAUCUAAUUUUUUUCUGAAAACACAAGCUGUAAUUGGAAUAGUUAAUGGAUUUCAAUUUUCUUGUGCUUGAUUUGUUAUUAAAAAAAUAAAUUGUUUUUUUUUUCAUUGCACUACAAUACUUGACUUCAUCAUCAGGUAUACAGAUUGAGUAACAUGAAAUCACUGUUAUGCCAUAUGAACAGCCUUUUUUAUGUACAUGCAAAAAUUAAUAUUUUUUGACUUUUCAAAGUCAAUUGAUACUAAUGCUUCAAUCAAUAAACAUUACAAUAUUACAAGGAAAUAA